UCUCACCUGGAGACGAGCAGCGGGGGCAUGGUGGAGGACCUGAUGGAGAAGACGGCCAUCAUAGAACACUACAUCAUGAACGGUCGCAUAGAUCAGGUGCAUCACUCGCCGUCACACGACAACAAGCUGCGUCUGAAGAACGUCGUCGACUUUGUGAAGAACAAGACGGACGACAGCACGAAGGAGCUGAACAAGAAGCUGCAGAAGAUGCUAGAGGAGACGCUCACCAAGAACAUCCACCUGCAGCAGGAUGUUGAGCAUCUGUCGCAGAAGCUGAUGGAGGCUAGUCAAUCUUCGUCCGUAGUUUCCGUAUCGUCGCCCGAACACCCGAGUGCGUCGACUCCGCAGUGAGGGGGGCGCCACCGAUCGCACUACGUUACGCCGCGCAAGUGAUCGACGUCAUCAUGAACGCAGUGUACGAAUGAUUGCAUAUAUUUAUUGUGUGUCGUCGUUUGACAAGGAGGGAGCUAUGUGGCCAUUUAUUCUAUUUAUUCCUCUUUUGUAUAAAAUAAUUAAUACUAGGAAGUAUAGAUGAUGCAAGCAUCAAUACCUACUCUUCCACCUCGGUAUCGUAUUCCUACCCUAACUUCACCCCUUCCUCUUGUUUGCCACCAUUUCCUAUGAAUUUUUUUUUUUCAAAUUAUUUGUUUCUGUGUCACUCUCAUAUUGCAUGUCGUUCAUGGUAAGGUAGCUAUGAAUCUGAACUUGGCUACGUUCUGUCACGGUGCUAUGGUCAAUAUACGUAUGUACUCGUCUAUGCAUAUACUUGUUUAGCAUAGCUUGCGGUAUGCGCAGCCAGAUCUUGUGUAACAAUGGUAAUUGCCUCUACGAAUGCCAUCGUAAUACUAAGCUAUUGUUAAACAAGUAAAAAAAUUACAUGAUAAACGCUUAAUCCAUUCCUAGACCAUAGGAACUACGGUUACUCAGCUUAUUAUAUUUACUGACACACUUGUCUAGUGGUGAAUUUAAAUAUCUGCCAGACAGUGGGUUGUUUCGUGAAUCGGGGAAAAUUCACGAGCUCAUGGCGAAAUAUCGCGAUAUAUGAAUACAUUCAUGAGCUAAUAAUACCUUAUGUGUAUUAUGUACAAUGUACAAUGUAUUAUACGCUCAGCUGACGAA